GUGCUGUUGGUGACUUCAUCUAGCAGACCUGAACAAUGGAUUGUACCGGGUGGUGGAAUUGAACCAGAAGAAGAACCAAGUGCAACUGCCGUCAGGGAAGUAGUUGAAGAAGCCGGUGUUAUGGGUAGAUUGCAUAGAAUGCUUGGUACUUUUGAAGACAGGACCCAUAUCAGACGACAUAGAACAGAUGUGUUUGUUAUGAUUGUAACCGAAGAACUACCAGAAUGGGAAGAUUCUUUGGGCAUAGGUCGUAAACGCAAAUGGUUCAAAUUAGAAGAUGCACUGAACAUGUUGCGUCUACACAAGCCCACUCAACACACGUACCUGGAAAGUUUUGCUCUCAAUCAACAAAAAGCUAGCAUCUGAAAAAGCCAUCCUUUUAAAAUAUUUUCCACAUUUAAUAUACUUAGUAUUUCAUCUCUCUUAAACUUUUAGAUUUUGCUAAUAGUUGUCUAAGUCAACAGAUUCAUUUAAUUUUUAAGAACAAAUUAGUUCAUUAUUAUUAGAUGUAAGGGAUAAAGAUUUAUGAUUAUUAUUAUUU